AGCCUCACAGUUCUUUGGUACAGCAGUGUCUGGUAUCACUAUCCAGCUUCAACAUGGCAUCUUCUCAGGUCUUCACAAGUGUUUCCCUCUUUGCCUUGCUGAUUGUGGAGAUCUGCUGCCUUCCUGUUAAGACAGGCUAUGAUCCCAGCACUUCUGGUGGUAGUUAUUCAAGUGCUGUGCCUACUUUUGGAUCUGGUCAUGGGGCAUCCAGCUAUGCUCCUGGGGCAUCCAGCUAUGCUCCUGGGGCAUCCAGCUAUGCUCCCUCUGGAGGCGCAUCCAGCUAUGCUCCUGGGGCAUCCAGCUAUGCUCCCUCUGGAGGUGCAUCCAGCUAUGCUCCCUCUGGAGGCGCAUCAGGCCUGUCUUACCAGCCUGAGGAAGAGACUGGAUUUGCUCAACCUGCAGUUCGGGGACUCUCUGCAUCACUUGUUGGCCAUUCUGGAGCAGGCCAACAGGCAGCAGUCCCUAACCCAGCUAACUUUGCCAUGACUGGACCAGGCUUUCAGCAAGGCCCACAAGAUGUCAACUGGGCUGUUCAACCUCUCAGCUUCAUCACUGGAGAUGAAGGCUAUGGUGUUCCUGAGGCUCUGAGUGCACCACAAGGACCAGUGUACCAGGGAGGAGACCUGUCUGGUUAUGAGGGAAGCUAUGAGCAUGGAGCCUCCCAGAGGGAAACUGGAGCACAAGGCUACAUUGCUCCUUCCCCUCUGGUGGAAGAAGCUGCCUCAGUAGAAUACACCAGCGAGCUUCAGCCAAACUCUGACAUGGUUGGAACCUGGGGUGUUCAUCCUUACUACGACUACAUGUUCAUGACUGGCCAGUAUCCUCCAGGCACCAUCACUCACUCUUCUAGCAGCUAUGAGCAAGGAAGAGACAACUUCCAAGAUGUUCACUACCAGAGAUACUACAUUCCCCAGUACACUCUUCAGGAAAUUAGUGUUCGAGUCCCCCAGCCCCAGCAACCCAUGGCUGCACCUGUUAAGGGCAAGGGUAAAUACUAGAUGGUGGAUACCUGCUGCAGAAAGAUGAAUUUACUUGAAUAAAGAUUCUGAAACUAC